UAUACUCAGUUGUGCAAAGAGUGAAAAGACGAUUCUGUUUCAUGCUCCUCUCGUCACUUCCCCUUUUAAACGUUACGCUUCUUUCUUUUUGUUCCCUUAUAUGACUAUCAUCUCACAUUUAAACCUCUCUCUUUUCUCUUUUUUCCUUCUCUAUUAAUGAAACAAUGAGAUUACUCAUUUUUGUGCUCUGAUUUUCUAAUAAAAACUUGAUCUUUUCUUGGUUUCUACCAUUUUCACUCUCUGAAGUUAUAGGAGGAAAACCCAAAAAAAAAAAAAAAGAAAUUCUUUUUCUUAAGUAGAAAAAACCCCAUCUUGAAUCUUUGGUUACCCCAUCUUUUCUGCUUAAUUUGAAAAAAAGAGAGAGUGUUUAACACAUGAAUAGUACUGCUGUUUCUUGUGCAGUUGAAGAAAUGAACCUUUUACUCCCUUGUGUUAAAGAAAGUCCUUGGCUUUUUAACCAAAUGGAAGAAGAGAGAGGAACAAAUAAGUUGAAGGAUGAAAAAGAGGAAGUAGAUUUAGUGGGGAUGAAGAAGAUUAAUACAAAGCUAUGUGCAAGAGGACAUUGGAGACCACAUGAAGAUGCAAAACUUAGAGAACUUGUUGCCCAAUUUGGUCCUCAGAACUGGAAUCUCAUUGCUGAAAAGCUUCAAGGAAGAUCAGGAAAAAGCUGCAGAUUGAGAUGGUUUAAUCAACUAGAUCCAAGGAUAAACAGGAGGGCAUUCUCAGAAGAAGAAGAGGAAAGACUGUUAAUAGCACACAAAAUGUAUGGAAACAAAUGGUCAAUGAUUGCAAGGCUAUUCCCUGGCAGGACAGACAAUGCAGUUAAGAACCAUUGGCAUGUCAUAAUGGCUAGAAAACACAGAGAACAAAACAGUGUCUAUAGAAGAAGAAAGCCUUCAAAUUUGCAACAAAUUAAUUUCCCUCAUAUUGUCUCUGCUUCUAAUUUGAAUAGUGAUUCAACCAUUUCUAGCAACAACAACAACAUUGAUGAUCAUCAAUCAGCUUCAACUUGCACUCAUCUUUCACUCACUCCAUCUUCUUCUAAAGUCAUUAUUCCUCCUUUUCUCAUGUCAACAUUUACUCCUAUGCAGCAGCGUCACCACCAAGAAAUUCUUGAAUCAAACAAAGGUAUGUCAAGACAUGAAGAGGUGAAAAUGGAAAGUGCAAAAUUGUUGUAUGGAAAGGAGGAGCCAAUUGCAAAGAGUGUAGAGGAAGGUAAUGAAUGUGGAUGUGGUAAUCAGUCAGAUACAAACUCAGAAAUUUCUGCAUCUGAGUCAGUAGCCAACAACAUGACUAAUGUUAACAUUUAUGAUAAUGGAAAACAAAUGAAGAGCAAAACUAUGCACUUCAUUGAUUUUCUUGGAGUUGGAGCCACUUGAAAAAACAGUGGAAUUUUGGGGGAAUUUUUAGUUUAUUAGUACAUGGAAAGUAACAUAAGGAGCUAAAGAGUUUAGUUUUGUUUUUGCCAACGGGAUAAAAACUCAUAGUUUUGUAACAUUACUAAAAAAACUUGGUCACUGCUUAAUGCAUCCUUUCUGUUAAGAGUA